UUUUUUUUUCCUCAUCUCUUUUAAUCUUCGUCAUCUCUCUCUUCUAAGCCUACUGCCACCAACCAGUGGAUAAGGCAAUGUCGGGGUGAACACGAAGCAGAUUCACUACAGUGGGUUGCCUUCUCUCUUGAAAUAAAUAUAGUGCAGAAAGUGAUUGAAGUUAAUCCUUGAAAUAGAGCGGAGUUAUUGAAGUACAUGCUUUGGCUACUAUAAUUCAAGAUGAUUAUUUUAUAUUGCAUCUGUUAAAAGGGAAGAUAAUUAAAGGGGCAUUUCGUCGAACACAUGGUGUGUGAUAGUGGAGAAGAGAGAAAGAACACAUAAGGACGAGAGAAAUAAGAAUAAAGAGAAGAAGGAACCACCAGCAGCUCCCGUAGCCCCACAUCCUAUGUGACCAACACUGCGAUUCUCAUGCAUGGCCGGGAUUUGGGAAGGGAGAGAAAGCUGAGGCGGCAAAGUUGGGGGCAUUACCUGAUGAAAGUUCGCAACAUUGUCCUUGAUGGUUGUGCGCGAAGAUGAAAUAGGAUUCAGAUAAUUGCCAAUAAUGGAGCCACUGGUUUUGGUAAUGCUUGGCAGCAUUUUAUCUUCCCCAGAACUUGCAUUCCCUCCAACUUGAAUCUGACAUGUCGCGUCGCAGUCUUAACACUGUUGAUAGACACCAUUUCAUCACCUGGCGACUUCUUCAGAAUCGACUUUAGGGGGACACUUGGGUGCAGGGGCAACUGCUGAAUUGCUGUAGACUUUGGUUCAAGAGAUCCUUCCACAAGCUGCUUGCUUGACUCACCUGAUUCAGGCAUCUCUGAGGCUGAAACAUUUAAAACUUGCAAGCGGUAAUUUACCUUGAUGUUGCCAAGGAAAGUUCUGUUGAGGACUGAGUGAUUAUACGCUGCCUCAGCACUAGACUUGUUCUUAAAAACAACCUUGGCAGUUGAUGAAUUCUGAAACACGCGAGUGGUUGACUCGUAAAGAUUUCCAAAGCGAAUUUCUCUUUUAGUUCUGGCACUGAUGGCAGUUUUGAAUGAAGUGGGAAUUUCAUCAUCAACAUUGCUGGUUCAGAAGGCCCCUCAAGUAUUUCUGGCUUUGUCGACACUGAUGAACCCACCAUUUUUUCAUCUCCUUGAAUUUUCAAAUGCUUUUGGCUGCCUUCCUUCUUUUCUGCAGCCAAUGCACUCAAAGGAUUGACUUUUGCUGCCAGCCUUUGCUGGAUCAUCCGGUCUGAACGGCUUUUUCAGUGGUUUUAGAGCAGAAGGUUGGUUCUUCACUUUCUCAAUGUGGGGGGUCUCAACAAAUAAACCAGUUGGUCCUUCACGUUGCGCAAGUAUUGGAUGCUUAUUUGUGGUAAUAACAAGUAUUUGAGUUCUUGGAGGAACCCUCUGCCAGUUUAACUGACUUGGCCACCAGAAAACUUAGUAUGUUAAAAGACUUGAAGAAAAAAGAGGAAGGAGAUUUUCCUUUUGGAAUUGAGGAUCUGUUGUACUAUGUGAAGAGAAUUAAGGAACAACAAUUUAAUCUGGACCUUGGAGCUCUUAAACAAUACUUUCCGUUCAAUUUGGUCAUGUCAGGGAUCUUGAAAAUAUGCCAAGACCUUUUUGGUUUAAGAUUUGAAGAAAUUGCAGAUGCUGAGGUUUUUGGCACUCUGAUGUUCACCUUUAUUCAAUCUAUGACUUAUCUUCUAGUGAACUUUUGGGCUAUUUCUACCUGAUAUGUUCUCCAGGGAGGGAAAAUAUGGUCACACCUUUAUUGUGGCUCUUUAGAAUGGUUCUUUUGUCAAUGGUGUAUGAAAGAUUCCUGUGGCAUUACUUACUUCUCAGCUUCAAAAGGAGUUGGUCAUAUUGGGUUGUUGAGAUACUCUGGAGUGGUUAAUCUUUUCCAUGAAUUUGGCCAUGUGGCUUGCAGAGGGGAUCACAAAAAAUACCAUUGAGGACACGGGUCCUUCUAUAUGGGCGAGUACUGUAUUGCGCCGAGGCUGAGGUGGUGUGUGUGUACUCUCUGCUUCCCAUUAGUAGUAAGCAGAGCAAAGCAGGGCACGUCCCUUUCCAAGGCUGAGGUGGCAUGUGUGUACUCUCUGCUUCCCAUUAGUAGCGAGCAGUGGUUAUGGCUGAACUGGUAUUGUUAGUAGCACCACCAAAGCACCCAUGUCUACAUCACCACCGACAGAACAGGUUCCCAUAGACAAAGACAUGUGACAAGACACAAACAAGCUAACAAAACACAUUUUUUAAGGUGAUGAAAUGGUGUCUAUCAACAACUCGACAAGUCAGAUUCAAGUUGGAGGGGAAAGCAAGUUCUAAGUUAGAGAAAAUGCUGCCUAGCAUUAACAAAACCAGUGGCUCCAUUAUUGGCAAUUAUCUGAAUCGUGUAUCAUUUUCACGCACAACCAUCAAGGACAAUGUUGCGAACAUUCAUCAGGAAAAAUUGUUUUUAAGGCUCUAGGGUUUAGCUGAACCUUCCGUAUUCAUGAUUCAAUUCGUAUUCAAUACAUUAAAGCUCUAGGGAUUUGAGAGCAAGCAAGCGAAGUCAAGAAAGUUGGCCUGCCAGAAGAAGGGAAGAAACUAGGAAUUCUUCAGGCGAGAGAAAUCAAGAUAUUCAAUACACUAAAGAUCUAAGGAAUUUGUAGAGAAAAUGGGGUCCGGGGAAACAAGGAAUUCUUCAGAACAUAGUUCAAUGGACAUGUACAGCAGACUUAAGCCCUCCUUAGAUGAUCUAAAAGGAAAAAUUGCUUUUAAGGCUCUAGGGUUUUGCUGAAUCUUCUGUAUUCAUGAUUCAAUUCGUAUUCAAUACAUUAAAGCUCUAGGGAUUUGAGAGCAAGCGAGAGAAGUCAAGAAAUUUGACCUGCCAGAACAAAGGAAGAAACUAGGAAUUCUUCAGGCGAGAGAAAUCGUGAUAUUCAAUACACUAAAGAUCUAAGGCAUUUAGUAGAGAAAAUGGGGUCUGAGGAAACAAGGAAUUCUUCAGAACACAGUUCAAUGGACAUGUACAGCAGGCUUAAGCUUAAGGCUUCCAAUGGUAAUUCAGCUGCCAAAAAUGUCAAAUCAAUGAAUGAGCAGUGUAAGAAAUCUAGGGUCCGUGAUGGUAAGAAGGAAGGUGCAGAUUAUAGAAGCAAAUCUAAGGAACUGGCAAUUGGGGGCACCAAUAUAUUUGCUCCUAGAAGCACUAAGAUGGCCCAUUUGAUGGCCGUGAUGGAAAAGGAAGAUGUGAUUUCUUCAAGGGUGACCAAGGGAAAUGGAAAAGGUAGAGACGCACACGGCAGUUUGGAAUCUACAUUGAAUGAGGGCACUGCAGUCAAAAUGUUUGAUGCAUUAAAAGAUUCAGGAUAUGAGGUUGGCGAUAUGGUAUGGGGGAAGGUCAAAUCUCAUCCGUGGUGGCCAGGGCAAAUAUUUGAUGAAGCUUUAGCUUCCCCAUCAAUCUGUCAUGCGGAGAAAGAGGGUCAAGUUUUGGUUGCAUUUUAUGGUGAUGGCACCUAUGGUUGGUUGGAACCGGGUAGACUCAUUCCUUUUGAUUUUCACUCUACAGAGAAAUCAAAGCAGACUGACACUCCAGAAUUUUUAACUGCUGUUGAGGAGGCUGUGGAUGAGGUGAAGCGGAGAGCUGCACUUGGCUUGAGUUGUCGUUGUCGGAAGCCUAACAUAUUUCGCCCUAAAAGUGUUGAAGGGUUCUUUGAAGUGGAUGUGAGUGGCUUUCAACCUGGUGGUCUGUAUUCAAAGAAACAGAUCGAAAGAGCUAGAGAUGCUUUCCAGCCAUCCAAGACACUUUCUUUCGUGAAACAAUUGGCAUUGAUGCCUCAGGAUGAUGUGCAAAGAAAUGUUGAAUGGACGAAUAAUGUAGCUUUAGUUCUUGCUUAUCGGAGGGCAGUGUUUGAGGAGUUCGAUGAGACCUAUGCUCAGGCAUUCGGGGUACAACCAGUACGCCCUGGAGUUUCAGCGGUGGGUUUACAUAACCCAGAAAAAGCACCACUGCAAGCUCCAUUGAGUGGUCAAUCAAUGAUCAGUGAAAGCCUAGGCAAACGCAAGGCCUUUGAAGAUAGGGUAAAAGUCAAGGACCAACAAAGGAGAAAAAAAUCUCUUUCCAGACACAGCAAUGAUCAGAAAACUUCCAAAGUGCCAAAAUUUGGCAAGGCUGGUAUUUGUAUCUCAGAAAAUAGAGUUCCACCAGUUUCUAUGAAGCCUAAGUUUUUGGGAAAUCAGGAUACAGAUGGGAAUGUCAGAAAAGGAAAAGAAGUUAUUACUACGGGUAAGCAUCCAAUACUUGCGCAACAUGAAGGACCAACUGCUUUACUUAUUGAGACCCCCCACAUUGAGAAAGUGAAGGACCAACCUUCUGCUCUAAAACCAUUGAAAAAGCCAUUCAGACCGGAUGAUCCAGCAAAGGCUCAAUCCUCUCGUAAACAGGAAGAGAAGUCCAUGAAGAGACCAAAAAAAUACAGGAAGCUAAGUUCAUUGGCUGCAGAAAAAAAGGAAGGCAGCCAGAAGCAUUUGAAAAUUCAAGGAGAUGAAAAAAUGGUGGGUUCAUCAGUGUCGACAAAGCCAGAAAUACUUGAGGGGCCUUCUGAACCAGCAAUGUUGAUGAUGAAGUUCCCGCUUCAUUCAAAACUGCCAUCAGUGCCAGAACUAAAAGCGAAAUUCGUACGCUUUGGACAUCUUUACGAGUCAGCCACUCGUGUGUUUCAGAAUUCAUCAACUGCCAAGGUUGUUUUUAAGAACAAGUCUGGUGCAUAUAAUCACGCAGUCCUCAACAGAAAUUUCCUUGGCAACAUCAAUGUAAAUUACCGCUUGCAAGUUUUAAAUGUUUUAAAUGUUUCAGCCCCAGAGUUGCCUGAAUCAGGUGAGUCAAGCAAGCAGCUUGUGGAAAGAUCUCUUGAACCAAAGUCUACAGCAAUUUCGCAGUUGCCUCUGCACCCAAGUGUCCCCCCAAAGUCGAUUCUGAAGAAGUCGCCAGGUGAUGAAAUGGUGUCUAUCAACAAUGUUAAGACUGCGACGCGACAAAUCAGAUUCAAGUUGGAGGGGAAUGCAAGUUCUGGGGAAGAUAAAAUGCUGCCAAGCAUUAACAAAAUCAGUGGCUCCAUUAUUGGCAAUUAUCUGAAUCCUAUUUCAUCUUCACGCACAACCAUCAAGGACAAUGCUGCGAACUUUCAUCAGGUAAUGUCCCCAACUUUGCCGCCUCAGCUUUCUCUCCCUUCCCAAAUCCCGGCUAUGCAUGAGAAUCGCAGUGUUGGUCACAUUGUCAAUGCCAUCAACAAGGAAUAUCUCCAAGGCGAGGCAACGAGCAGCAAGAGCUAUCAGAAUGCCAGUGCCCCAACCAACAGCGUUGACAUUUCUCAGCAGAUGUUAUACCUGUUGAAGAAGUGCAGUGAGAUUGUAGCCAAUUUGAAGAGUUCGUCCGGAUAAGUGGCUUGCCAUGAUUUUCUGAUGGAAUUAUUUACUAAACUCAUGUCAUUUUAAAACAUAUUUUGGACUUAUUUUCCAAACCUAUGUUGUUUUUAAGUCGUGUGAAGUUGUGAUUUGGAAACAGGAUUUUAAAGAACAAUCUGGGUCUUAGAAAUAAAUUCAAAACAAUUGCAUUUGGGAAAUCUAUUUCAAAAUAACAAGGGUUUGGUAAAAAAACUCCUUUCAGUUGAGUGUCA